AUGUCUUUCUUCACAAAGCGCUUUGGCAAGAACGCGAGCCCUGUUCGGUCUGAGGACCUGGGAUCUGGCUCAAAUGAAGAUGUCAAAGAAAAGGACCCAGUCGCCAUCAAAGCCAGUGGGGCCGAUCUAACACCUGGUGACGAGCUGGAAACCGCUGCGCAACUCAAGGCGAUCAAGAAGAAACACGAAUGGGAUCCCAAUUUUGCGGAAGACCUCGUAGACAACAUUGACGAGGCCACCCAACAACACGACAUUGGCGGGGAAGUUCGAUUGGUCGAUGAGCUUAUCGAGAAUUCGCCGUACCCUGAAGUUCGCGGCGCAGUCCGAAAUUACGACGAGGAUGUUCCUGUAAACACUGUCCGCGCUUGGGUACUCGGAAUGCUCUUGACCACAAUCGCCUCCGGCCUAAACGCGCUUUUCGCUUUGCGCCAGCCUGCCAUCACCAUCACUUCCUUGACGGUCCAGUUAGUCGCAUAUCCCCUCGGUGUGGCAUGGUAUCAAGCCAUGCCCAAACGCAAAUUUCGCCUUUUUGGGAAGUCAUUCACUUUGAACAACGGGCCGUUCAACAUGAAAGAGCAUACCAUCAUCGUGGUCAUGGCCAAUGUCAAUGUUGCGGGUGGUGUGGCAUAUGCCACGGAUACCCUUACUGCACAAAGAGGAUUUUAUGGUCAGAACUUCGGAUGGGGAUUCAACAUUCUACUAUGUAUAACGACUCAGAUGAUGGGAUACGGCCUCGCAGGAAUCUUUCGCAGGGUCUUGGUCUGGCCAGCUGCUAUGAUCUGGCCCACUACUUUGAUCAACACUGCUUUGUUUUACAGUCUCCACGAUAAGUCGGAGACCGACCCGGCCAAGUGCAACGGUUGGAGAAUUUCCCGUUACAAAUACUUCUUCAUCGUCUUCACCUGUUCCUUCUGCUGGUACUGGUUCCCUGGCUUCAUCGCGCCUUUCCUCAGCGUCUUUGCAUUCGCGGUCUGGAUUCGCCCCAAUAACGUUGUGGUAAACCAGCUAUUUGGCGGAUGGACCGGAGUCUCGCUAUUGCCAAUCACUUUCGACUGGACUCAAAUCACCGCAUACGCCUAUAGUCCUCUUAUUCCACCGUGGCACGCGAUAUCCAAUACGUUGAUUGGUUGUGUCAUAUUCUGGUGGAUCACUACAAUUGGGGUCCAUUAUACGAAUACCUGGUACGGUAAUUACCUCCCGAUGAGCGACUCUCAGGCAUAUGACAAUACCGGAAACCUCUACAAUGUCACCAACAUCUUGACGCCGAAUUACACUCUGGAUUUGGAUGCCUACAAGGCAUACUCGCCGCUGUUUCUCUCUACCACUUUCGCCCUGACGUAUGGUCUCUCUUUUGCAGCGAUUGCGGCUGUAAUUGUUCAGACCGCGCUGUUUCAUGGUGGAGAUCUGUGGAAGAGGGUGCGAAACAUCCGGACCGAUGAUGAAGACGUGCAUCUAAGAAUGAUGCGAAAAUACAAAGAUGUACCCCAGUGGUGGUACGCGGCGAUGUUCAUCAUCAUGAUCGGUAUAUCUCUGGGGGUGUGCUUAGGAUAUCCAACCAAUAUGCACUGUAUCCAACUUGGACUGAAUGUCUUUACGGAGUUCAUCACCGGAUACAUCCAGCCAGGCCGUCCAGUGGCCAUGAUGCUCUUUAAGACCUACGGCUACAUCACAAUGGCUCAAGGUCUCUAUUUCACCCAAGACCUGAAACUAGGCCAGUACAUGAAGAUCCCAUGGCGUUCCAUGUUCAUGGCGCAGACUAUCGCUACCAUCUGGGCUUGCAUCGUUCAAGUCGCAGUCCUCGAAUGGGCUCUUGGCGGCGCCAUCGUAGAUGUUUGCACCGAGCACCAGGUCAACAAGUUCAAUUGCCCCAACGGUCGGGUCUUCUUCAAUGCUUCCGUUAUAUGGGGUCUCAUCGGCCCACAGCGCAUCUUCUCCCCUGGAUCCAUCUACGCCAACCUCCAAUGGUUCUGGAUGGCCGGCGCGCUGGCACCAGUCCUCUUCUACGCCCUCGCUCGCGCCUUUCCCCGCGCUCCGUUCCGCUACCUCUCCGCUCCCCUCAUCUUCGGCGGCAGUGGCGAUAUCCCACCGGCUACUCCUCUCAAUUACCUCGCUUGGGGCAUCGUGGGCUACGUCUUCAACAAACACAUCAGGAACAAGUACAGAGGCUGGUGGAUGCGCUUUAAUUACAUCACGUCCGCGGGUCUGGAUACGGGUCUGGCUAUUUGCACGAUUGUCAUCAUCCUGACGGUCAAUUUGACGAAUACGUCUAUGACGUCCUGGUGGGGGGUGAGCGUCGCGAACAACAAUAUGGAUAAUCUGGAUACGGCGGUCAAGAUUCCGAAUCCGAACCCGACUGCUCCGGGGAGGUUCUUUGGACCGACGGUUUGGUAG